CCAUUUACGCCUGUAAAAACUUAUUAUUAUGAAUAAAGAUGUUUCGUUACUAUGGGAAUACUACCAACAUAAAAUUCUCCAUAUACAUUCGUAAUGAAUACUAUACAGUUAAUCUGCGUCCGGUGAAUUAAUCUUCUGGAUCACAUGUGUAUAUAAAGUGCCUUUUAUUACUUAAAAAUUGCUGUUAAAAUAAUAAUUGAAAAAAUGAUGCUAACCCAGAAUACUAAACAAAAAAUUGGUAUCGUAAUUAAUAUUUCUAAGAGUGUAUUUCAAUGGGGAUUUAUACCCGCUGUGCUAUAUUUAGGAUUUCGUAAAGGUGCAGAUCCUGGUAUGCCAGAACUCACAUUUAUGAACUUACUUUGGCAGUAGAUUUCAUCAUCUAUAAUACAGCUCACUAAUUAAGAGAUCUUACCAAAUUUAUAAUUUGUUAUAUUUUAAGAACAGACUUUUUUUAUAAUACAUUAAGAUAG